AUGUCUUGUAUGUGGACGAGACGCCUUCUGUUGGGAGCCAACUCUGUGCUUCUUGUGAAGCAUCCUACCAUAGCUUCCUCAUUUGUUGCUACUCUUUCAAUUCAACCGCCACCACUCAUUUACCUCUUCUCUUCCAACCGUCGGUCCUUUUCAACUACCCCCGCUUGUUCACCUCCACUCCAUUCUCGCAAUUGCACCGACGUCGUAAGCGGUGCCACGAAUGCUGCUGCUAUUUCACUGGAAAGCUCAAAGAUGAGUCUGAAAGGAAUGACAUACACCGAACUUGAAAAAUGGGUUCGAUCUUAUGGAUUCAGAUCUGGUCAAGCCAUGAUGCUUUGGAAGCGCCUGUAUGGAAACGGAAUAUGGGCACAUUAUGUUGGUGAAUUACAAGGUUUGAACAAGGAUUUUGUGAAAAUGUUAGGCGAACACGCCAAAUUCAAAGCAUUAUCGUUGGAAAAUAUUCUCACAUCAUCUGACGGAACUAGGAAGAUUUUAUUUAGGUUGGAUGAUGGAUUGGUAAUAGAAACUGUUGUUAUACCUUGCCAUAGGGGUAGGACGACGGUUUGUGUUUCGAGUCAAGUGGGUUGUGCCAUGAAUUGUCAGUUCUGCUUCACAGGCAGAAUGGGUUUGAAGAGACAUCUGUCUACAGCUGAGAUAGUAGAGCAGGCUGUAUUUGCACGACGUCUCCUCACAAAUGAAGUUGGUCCCAUCACAAAUGUGGUAUUCAUGGGAAUGGGAGAGCCACUUCAAAAUAUUGACAGUGUUAUUAAAGCUGCAGACAUUAUGGUGCACGACCAGGGCCUUCACUUCAGUCCUCGCAAGGUCACUAUUUCUACCAGUGGGCUUGUCCCCCAGUUGAAACGUUUCCUCCAUGAAUCCAACUGCGCUUUAGCUGUUAGUUUGAAUGCUACAACUGAUGAGGUCAGAAACUGGAUCAUGCCGAUUAAUCGGAAGUAUAAUAUAGGGUUGCUUCUUCAAAUGCUUCGAGAAGAACUGUGCUUAAAGAAUAACUACAAAGUUCUAUUUGAGUAUGUGAUGCUUGAAGGAGUAAAUGACAGUGUUGAUGAUGCAAAGAGGCUUAUUGAUCUAGUUCAAGGCAUUCCAUGCAAGAUCAAUCUCAUUCAAUUUAAUCCUUACUGUGGAUCCCAGUUUAGACCAACCAGUAAAGAGAAUAUGAUUAAGUUUAGAAAUAUCUUGGCAGAAGCCAAGUGCGUUGUUUUCAUGCGAUACAGUAGAGGUGAUGAUCAGAUGGCUGCUUGUGGUCAGCUUGGCAAGUCUGGAGCAAUCCAGACUCCCUUACUUCGUGUUCCCGAGAAAUUUAAAAUGGCUGUAAAUGCUUAG